CGACAGGGGCCGAGCCUGGAGCCCGACAAGCGUCGGCACAGUAGUGGCGGAGGCUUGCGGCUGCGGGGCAGCUGGACGUACCCCGCGGGGCAGGGCAAAUGUUUCUGGACCAGAUGAAGCUUGAGGAGCCUUCCAGCUGUAAGAUAUUAGGAUAGGAAACUCCCGAGUCUGGAUCUACAGAAGACUUGCCUGUCCUCUCCACACAAUGUCAGGAAGCCACAUACCUUCUGCCAGUGGCCCCUUCUCAGCCCUGACUCCUAGCAUGUGGCCCCAGGAGAUCCUGGCCAAGUGCACACAGAAGGAAGAGGCAGUGGAGCAACCAGAGUUCUGCUAUGAUGAGUUCGGCUUCCGCGUGGACAAGGAAGGCGCAGACGGCGCCCCCCGCCCAGGCCAGCUGCUGGAGGACCCCCCCCAGAGGCUGCGCUGGCAGGCCCACCUGGAGUUCACCCACAACCACGACGUGGGGGACCUCACCUGGGACAAGAUUGCCAUCUCCCUGCCCCGCUCGGAGAAGCUCCGUUCCCUGGUGCUGGCCGGGGUGCCCCACAGCAUGAGGCCGCAGCUGUGGAUGCGGCUCUCCGGGGCCCUGCAGAAGAAGAGGAACUCCGAGCUGUCCUACCGAGAGAUCGUGAAGGACAGCGCCAACGACGAGACCGUUGCUGCCAAGCAGCAGAUCGAGAAGGACCUGCUGCGCACCAUGCCCAGCAACGCUUGCUUCGCCCACGGGAGCAGCGUGGGUGUCCCCCGCCUGCGCAGGGUGCUCCGAGCGCUGGCCUGGCUCUACCCGGAGAUCGGCUACUGCCAGGGCACGGGCAUGGUGGCUGCCUGCCUCCUGCUGUUCCUGGAGGAGGAGGACGCCUUCUGGAUGAUGUGCACCAUCAUCGAGGACCUGCUCCCCGCCUCCUACUUCAGCACCACCCUGCUGGGCGUCCAGACCGACCAGCGGCUCCUGCGCCACCUCAUCGUCCAGUACCUGCCUCGGCUGGACAGGCUGCUCCAGGAGCAUGACAUCGAGCUGUCCCUCAUCACACUGCACUGGUUCCUCACGGCCUUUGCCAGUGUGGUGCACAUCAGGCUGCUGCUGCGCCUCUGGGACCUGUUUUUCUACGAGGGCUCCCUGGUGCUGUUCCAGACCACGCUGGGCAUGCUGCGCCUCAAGGAGGAGGAGCUGAUCCAGUCGGAGAAUUCGGCCUCCAUCUUCAACACGCUGUCGGACAUACCGUCGCAGAUGGAGGACGCGGACCUGCUGCUGGGGGAGGCCAUGCGGCUGGCGGGCUCCCUCACUGACGUGGCCGUGGAGAGCCAGCGCCGCAAGCACCUGGCCUACCUCCUAGCCGACCAGGGCCAGCUCCUGGGCGCCAGCCCCACUGCCAGCCUCUCUCAGGUUGUCCGCCGCAGGACCCAGCGGAGGAAGUCUGGCAUCACGUCGCUGCUCUUUGGGGAGGAUGACCUGGAGGCGCUCAAGGCCAAGAACAUCAAGCAGACGGAGCUGGUGGCCGACCUCCGGGAAGCCAUCCUGCGCGUGGCACGCCACUUCCAGUGCACAGACCCCAAGAACUGCAGUGUGCAGGAGCUGAGCCCGGACUACAGCAUGGAGAGCCACCAGAGGGACCACGAGAACUACGUGGCAUGCUCGCGCGGCCACCCACGCCGGGCCAAGGCCCUGCUGGACUUCGAGCGCCACGAUGAUGACGAGCUGGGCUUCCGCAAGAACGACAUCAUUACGAUCAUCUCCCAGAAGGACGAGCACUGCUGGGUGGGGGAGCUGAAUGGCUUGAGAGGCUGGUUUCCAGCGAAGUUCGUGGAAGUCCUGGACGAGCGGAGCAAGGAGUACUCCAUCGCGGGGGACGAUUCUGUGACAGAGGGGGUCACGGACCUCGUGCGAGGGACCCUCUGCCCGGCCCUGAAGGCCCUGUUUGAACACGGACUGAAGAAGCCUUCCCUGCUUGGGGGCGCCUGCCACCCCUGGCUGUUCAUCGAGGAGGCGGCGGGCCGGGAGGUCGAGAGAGACUUCGACUCGGUGUAUUCGCGCCUAGUGCUGUGUAAGACAUACAGGUUGGAUGAAGAUGGCAAAGUCCUGACCCCAGAGGAGCUGCUCUACCGGGCUGUGCAGUCCGUUAACGUGACGCAUGACGCUGCACACGCACAAAUGGAUGUCAAGCUCCGCUCCCUCAUCUGUGUGGGGCUCAAGACCCUCUGCCUGGAGCCGCCCCCGACCCUGCCCUGCCUGUGGCCAGUGAGCAGGUCCUGCACCUGUGGCUGGAGGUGCUCUGCUCCAGUCUGCCCACCGUGGAAAAGUGGUACCAGCCCUGGUCCUUCCUGCGCAGCCCCGGCUGGGUCCAGAUCAAGUGCGAGCUGCGCGUCCUCUGCUGCUUCGCCUUUAGCCUCUCCCAAGACUGGGAACUUCCUGCAAAGAGAGAGGAGGAGAAGCAGCCCCUGAAGGAGGGUGUCCAGGACAUGCUGGUGAAGCACCACCUUUUCAGCUGGGACAUAGACGGGUGAUGCUCUUCCUCCAGGGAUCCCGUCACACCCAGGCCUCCCCAGACCCCUUGGCUACCAGGCCCCUUCCUCAAGCAAGAAGAGAACAGCCCGGCGCUGGCCACCCACCCCAAGCUGCAAGGUUGAGGGGAGGACACACUCGGGAGCUCUGGCUGGGCACGUGGUAGGGAGUCCGGGGACACCACCCUGGGUGCCAGAGUGCUGGUGGAGGGCAGCAGGUGGCAGGAGCAGAAGGUGGGGGCCUGGCCCAGCCCAGCCUGUUACUCUCAGCGCCCGGGGGAGGGCUCUACCCCGCCAGGGUCUUUACCAGAGGCCCCGGGCCCGCUGUGCUGAACAGAAACCUCGGGAGGUGGAGCACCUCCUCUGUUCUGUCAGGUUUUGCUCAGGAGGAGGGUGGGGAGGCCGAAGGCCCCCGGCCUCUUUGAUUUACAAAUAAACUGUCUUUGAGACGCA